CCCCAGGCUCGACUCGCUCAACAAAUGCUUGCAGCUUUUACAAGUUGAUUGUGUACACGCUGUUGUAUAAACCAGUAUUUGGUUCUCUUUCUUCCUAUUUUCAUUGUCUUAAACAUUUGGUGUGUGUCUGCAUAACAAAGUUUCGCAAUGAGCGAACGAGUAUGUAUUUUUUCAGUUUUAAUGCAUAAGAAUGUUCUCGUUUUAACUGCAUGCUUUUGGCCACCAGAUGUGCCUUUGGCGUCUGCUUGAAAUCUCUGCCUUCUCUACUUGUGUCUGUUGCUUUAUCAAAUCCUUAUGUCGUAUUCGUUGCAGGUUGAAAAGGUUGGAGACUUGACUGUUAUAAUCGAGGUAUUGUGCGGUUUGUCUUUUAUUUGCUUAAAUCGAAGUAGUCUAAGAUAUUGACGAGCCUUCAUCACACUGUACUGUGUCUGUAGUAGUUCGUGUAAAAUAUUUGUGUAAAUAUUCGGGUUAUAUUAAAGGCUAUUUUAAUUUUGUUAUGGCCUUGCCAGACAUUUUUGGCCAAAAAAUUAUUAGUGACUAAAGUCGCGUUGCAUUUCAGGGAGAGGAAGGCAAGGAAGAUGUAAAGUCAAAAGGAAUAAAUAUAUUGUUAACCUUUCAUGACAUUGGUUUGAAUCGUAAGCAUUUGGUUUUACAUGUAAUCAAUUUUUAUCUAUACUAGACGUGAAGGGCUCUAUCUUGUAUUGCUCACGAUUAUUUCUGGUAGUAAUAUUAACAAGGGAAAUGCAAAUUAAAGCAAUUUUACAUCAAAACAAAUUUCCUUGUGUCAUUGUGAUAAUUAUCAUGCAAAGGUUGUCUUUUUGGCAAAAAUAAAGCCAAAAUUUUUGAAGCAGGCAUAAAAAUGAACAUUUGUAAUAAAAUUUGUAAACAAUUUUUAAAAAAAGAUGAUUUGCCAGCAAGAAAAAUAUUGGCAGACCAUCUCAUUAAAAUGCAGAUGCUUAUAUAGCAAUAAAAGUUUAAUAAUGUUGGAAGUCUUUCAAUAUUUAUAUAUUUGUUAUGCAAUCUAAAUUGGCUUUGGUUCCCAAAUGAAUGAAUGCUGUGAAUAUUUAUGUGAGGCAUGUGACCAAUCUUUCCAAGCAGGUUAAUUAUUAAUGGCAAGUCCCAUUACUUUACUCUAGCUGUCUAAUGCCAUAUAAUUUUACUUGUCAAGGGGAGAGCAUCUGUUAAUCAGACUAUCUGUCUGGGUGUCUAGUUAACCCAUUAAGUUACAUUGUGCUCCACUUUAUUAUUUUACUCUGUCUAACACCAGAUGCUUUCACUGUCAAGAUACAAAUUAAGUAUGAUUUUUUCUAAGAGAGAGAAAAUUGCUGAAAUUAUUGUACAAAAAUACUUGCAAAAUUAAUGGAUGUUAAGAAGUCUCAAAGACAUUCAAAACCAUUGUUCAAAAUCCAAAGCAAAUUAGCCAUUCCGAAGUUGAUGAGAGGACUGGGGAUGAGUGUUAAAAAGUGCUCAAAUUAAGAAAUGAACAAAAUCACUAAAAAGACCACCUCAAAAUUAGUAAGUAUACAAAGUUUGAAGACGUUUACAUGUAUACUCUUCGAAUAAUAAGCUUUCGAAAAUUCUGAAAUUACUGAUUAAAAGAUUGUUUUUGGGACGUGCCGUCCCAAAAACAAUAAUUACAAUACAUUUCAUAGUAAAUAUCACCAUUUUCGAAAGCUUAUUAUUCGAAGGAUAUUCUUGUAAACGUCUUCAAACUGUGUAUACUUACUAAUUUUGAGGUGGUCUUUUUAGUGAUUUGGUCCAUUUCUUAAUUUGGGCACUUUUUAACACUCGUCCCCAGUCCACUCAUCAACUUCGGAAUGGCUACUUCAAGAGCUAUUUUGUUGUUGCAAGUGUGUUUCCACUUUAAAAUUUAAAAAAUUCCUUGUAAGUAUUUUGUUUUUUGCACAUGCAUGCAAAUUGAAAGCCAUUGAUCACCUUGCAAAUAUUUGUACCCCUUCCAACAGAUGAGCCUCCAUCCUUCCCUAAUAUGUCUGAUAUACUUUCAUGCUUAUAUAGAUAAAACAUGCUUUGAGAAGUUUUUGAACCAUGAAGAUAUGAAACAACUACAUGAUCGUUUUAUUGUCUACCACAUUCUGGCUCCUGGACAAGUAUGUACACCAACAUUUAGUGUGGUGACCUGUCUAGUCUAGUCUAGUGAAAAGUUAUUCUCCAUCAUUGUAUUUAUAAAUAUCCAGCAUUAUGCUUCAAAUUAGUAGGAAAUUACUUCUCUUUGACAUGUAAGAUUCCUCUUCCAUGAACCCAGGUACCAGGAUGUAGGAGAAAAUACCAUGGUUACAAGGUUGAAGAUUUUGAAGGAAUGAAUGAAAUCACGGCCACAAAAUGAAGUGCUGUCAAAUUUACCCAGGCACCACAAUUCUUGAAUACCUAACUAUUAAGCUUUUAAAUUAAAGAAUAUAAAAUAUAUACUAGUAUCAUUUGCAAUCAAAUGUAUUAUGUCAAAUCAAAAUUGUAACCUCAUUCCCAGGCUCUUGCCUCUUGUGGAGGAAAAAGACUGGUUUUCCUGAACAAGAGGGAAGAUCCUGUGAACGAGGUUGAUCAAAAUUGAUGCUUUGUUGGUCAGAACGUACUGUUAAAAGAAUUUAAUUCUUUCUGUGUUAGGAACCAGGAGCUGAGAAAUUUUCUGAUGGGUAAGAAUUAAGUGAUCAUAACUCUUGUAGUUUAAAAUACUAAUUUAUUUAGAUUAAAUUCCAAAGUAUUGACAAAAUAUAUCAAUGUUAUUUGUUCAGGUAUCAGUAUCCAUCAAUGGACAAUUUAGCAGACAGUGUUGACAGUGUUGUGGAGCACUUUGGGUAUGUAUAUACAACAUAAAAUAUAAGCAUUGUUAUUCUAGUUUGUCUAAGAACCUGUUUACAUGGAGAUAGAGUGACCCCAUGGCCACCAGAGUGACCCCAUGGUUGUUUUAUUUCAUGCCUUAUUGGUGUACAGCAUUGUGGUCUUUUACUUCAAUGUGGUUAACACAUUAAGUUGCAUAAUUUGACGACUUGACUCGUGUUCUGGGGCUCAAUGGGUUAAUUUUAUGUGUCAAAGUGCUGCCACUCAGUGGGUUAAUCUUAAUGUAUCAUCUAGCUGUGCACAUGUUGUUCAUUUUCUAGGCUUACAGAUGUCGUCGGCUUUGGUGUCGGUGCAGGUGCAAACAUCUUGGCAAGAUAUGCUGUAAGCCUCUUACAGUACUGAGUAGUAACUUUCCAAUUUUUUUUCUUCAAAUAAAUAUCUGAUCGAACCUGCUGAUUUUGUAUAUUAUUAUGUACUGUACAGUGCUUAUCUUUUUAUGUUUAGUUGAAACACCCAUCCAAGCCACUUGGCCUCAUUCUUGUAGAGCCAUCUGCAGGGAAAGCUCCAUUGCUGGAAAAAGCUGAAGAAAAGGUAGAAUAAUUACAUGGCCAUUGUUAUCCAAUAAUAUGUGUGAUUUGGUAUCUUAUUUGAUUUCACACCUGUAAUGUAGUUUGUAUUCUUAUUACUUUGCUUUGAUUAUAAUUUAUCUAGAUUCGAUCAUGGCAGUUAGAAACCAAAGGAUUCAGUGAGCAAGUUAAUCAUUACUUUGUUCAUCACCAUUUUGGAAAGGUAUAGAGAGAAUUUGUGUGUCAAGAUCCAUCUGUUUGCAGCAUUUAGACACAGACAAAACUUUGCUCCACGCCUCCAGAUUGAUCAUCCAUUGCUAGCCCACUAAAUAAGCCUUCCUCAUGCCAUGGGACCAGGUCUUGUUGCAUGGUGUGAGAAAAGCUGAUUGGCUCGUUCAUACAAUGUAUGUUACAGUGUACUACAACACAAAUACACGUACAAUGUUGUUAUUCCCCUUUUCAGAAACAUGGCAAACCAGAUAUGGCCUCUGUUGAUGAGUACAUCAAAACACUCACUGAUUGUUUCAACCCACAUAACUUGGCUUUAUUUGUCCAUGCUUAUAUGCAGUAAGUGCCAUAUACUCCAUGAUUUUAUAAUUUUAUGAAAAGGUUGAAGUUACCUUAGAAGCUUGAAACUACCUGAUCUGAGGCAGUCAUCAAGUUAACUAUCUGUUUCUUUUUAAGGCGAAGUGAUAUUACACAUGAAGUCAAGAAUAUUGAGUAAGUAUAAAUUCUGUUCAAAUUUUGUCAAACCACAGAGAUGUGUAUACUGUUGAGUACACGCAGACAGCUUCCAAAUGAAAUUUCAUGCUCCUAUAGGUGUCCAGUCCUGGUAAUCAAUGGUGACUUAUCUCCACAUCAUAAGGAUUCGGUAUGUCAUUUUGUUCAAUUUACUACAGACAGUAGUUUUUGGUAGUGAUUGACCGAUAAUCGGGCCGAUUUUUGCCUUAUUGGUAGACAAUCGGAAUCGGUAGAAUUAUCUUUAUUUCCAAUUGUCUAGAACAGAUUGUUGAGAAAAUACGCAUUUUAGAAAUUAUAUUCAUUGCACGUUGAUACACGUUGCGUUUUAACGCAAUAUGUUAAAUAUUUAAUGCGUUCUAAACACGUUCGAGUUGCGGUCCGAACGAAGUCCGGUUCGAUUAGAACGAAAACAGAAGGUGGAUUGGAACGCAUUGUGAACGCUAGGAACAUAUGAUCCAAAUGAGAUUGAUCAUUUGACAAAGUGCUAUUGAUAGAAGUGAACAAUUGGUGUACUGUACGAAAUCCAGUGGAGUCGUAUUCAGAUGUAUACUUGCUCCAUGUCGCAUAGAUUAUUUGCACCUCGCGCUCUCCCGCGGACUCUAGAGAGGCGGACUUGUUGACUUUUUGCAUGAAUAUGUAAUUCAUGAAAAAAGAUAAUCAGAAUGUAGUGUUUAUUGUGCUGUUUAUUGUUACAGGAGAAAUUCUUCAGUCAUCUCAAUAAACGUACGUGCAAUAUUUUGAGACUGGACGACUGUGGAUCUGAUCCAUUGGAUGAGAAGGUGAGCAAACAUUUUGGCGGUUGUAUACAUGAGUACUGGAAAGUAUAAUAUCUAUGUUUUGUGUCUAGCCUUUACAGUCAGCGGAAGGAGUACUGCUCUUCAUUCAGGGAUUAGGACUUGGUUAGUAUGCCUUUUAAUGUUAUAUACCGUAACUGUUUUUACGUUAAAAGUCAGGAUGCCAAAAUAACUAUAUGGUAUAUUAUCCUUAAAGUAUGUGUGAAACCGUUCUUUUGCUGUUUUAGUAAAUUUCCUGCAGGAUUUAGAUCCGGUUUCUUAAUUUAAGAUCCACUAUUGUGCAUUAGGAUCAGGCAUUUACCCAGGAUUUUGAAAGGGGACGGCCAAUUUACGCAACAAGACUGCACACAUGUACCAGGGCGGGUAAUACCUAUACUGGACUGCCACAUUUGUGAGGUGUAGCAACUCUUUUCUUCCAGACUGACCGGAAUACUUCUAAACAAGAGACACUUUAAUCUCUCUAUUUUUAUAGUGCCAACUCUGCGCACACGCUCCAUGUCAGGAACAUCACUCGGCUCUGGCAAGUCAGAUGAUGAAGACAACACAAACAAAGAACAAACUGUACAAGCUUAAAAAAAACUAUUUAUGCGUUAGGAGCAGAAUAAGUGAAAACAUUUGAUCAAGGAUGAGGAGUUGAUUGCUUCUAUAUUUUAUCAUUACUACAUUGAUUUUACUCUUUACUUAGUGUUUAUUUGAAAUUUUCUUAUAAUAUAGUUGAAAUGAUUAGAAACGUUUUGAUAAAGUGAGUAAAAGCUUUAUUUACAGCAGCAAGCUAACUCAGUUACAUAUAUGAACUGUUCUUCCCUAAAGGUGGGAGGGAUGUCCUCGUGUGUCGUGUACGAAAAUAUUUCUCUUUGAUCUUGACGCCAAUCGCAACGUUACCCUAUUGUGAGCCAAUAUGAGGACAUAACCCCAACUUCCUACAAAACAUUGCGGUUGUCUGCACGAAUAGAAAUUGUACUGCGGGCGAAUUUCCACGUCACAAACAGCAAACAACCAUUCUCCUAAUCCUUGUGACGUCAAUUCGGAUAGUAACAAUGUUACCCCUGACUCCCAAAGCAAAAGGUCCGCGUUUGUGAUUAUUCUUUUUUGAAACAAUAUUAUUCACAAGCAACAAAAAUCUGUCACAAAUUUGUUCCUUGGAAUAACCUAAAAUGCUAAUGUCAUUUAAAUAAUUGGCCGCCUUACGUAUUUGACCUGAAAACGGAUCACUUGGGCAUGCACGAUACAUAGAAAGUGCUUUCGCAAUAUUCUUGCUAUAAUAGAAUUUGAUAUUAAUUUAAUUUACUUAUUAAUUUAAUAUUGAUUUUAAUUUUGCCAUGUUCUUCCCUAUGACUAUGUCUAACAGAGUUUAUUGAUAUCUUAAUAUGAUCAAGAUUCGUGUUAGGUUGUCACAGUAUUAAAUUGUAAAAUGAGUUCUGCAGCUUCGGCCAAGUCUUUCACGCGGCCAUCAGCUUUUAUUGUUUCGUGCUGUUCAUCCUGUAGCCU